AUGGAGGGUCGCAGGGAGGGGGCCGAGGAGCUUCCCCAGGAUCCCCCUCAGGAGCAGGAGGAUGAAGACGAGGAGGAGGAAGAGGAGGAGGAGGGUGGGGUGCGGAUCACAGCGCAACUGCUGAAGGCCAGCAGCGGGGAGUUCGCACUGGAGUCCAUCCUGCUGCUGCGGCUGCGUGGCCGCGGCAUCGCCCACCUGGGCUGCUUGGGUGACUGUGCCAACCUGGAGUGGCUGGACCUAUCUGGCAACGCCAUCACCCGCCUGGGCCCACUGGCGGCCCUCAAAGCCCUGGCGGUGCUCAACCUGGCGCAGAACCGUGUGGCCAGGCUGGAGCCGCUGGCGUCGUGCCACAACCUGCAGAGCCUCAACCUGGCGGGCAACCGUCUGGGCAACCUGGCACGGCUGCGCUGCCUGAGUGGGCUGCGGCGGCUGGAGAGCCUGCGGCUGCGUGACCCCCGGACCGGCAUCACCAACCCGCUGUGUGCCAGCGCCCCAGCUUACCGCACCGCGCUGGCUGCCAUGUUCCCCAGCCUCAAGUCCAUCGAUGGCGAGCGGGUGUCAGGGCGUGGCAGUGAGCUCUACCAGCUGUGCCGCGACCUUGACAGCUCGCUGGGACAUGGCGCCGGCACCAGCACCGGCACCGAAGCACCGCGGGCAGCACAGCCCUGGGUGGAAGCAGGGUUCUGGGAGGCGCGGGCGCCGCGGCGCAGCUCCAUCGUGGAGGAGGCUUACCGGCAGUUCAGUGAGGCCCUGCGCGAGUGCCGCGAGCUCGGCCGGCGCGCUGAUGACUCCAUCGCACAGGCACAGCGGGCGCUGGGCACCCGGCACGACCCCGGCUCCUUCGUUUUCUGA